AUGGCGACGAAGGACGGCAGCUACAAGCGCAACGCGUCGAAGCACCGCGGGACGAGCGUCGAGCCCGAGGCGGGCCGCUACCGUCUGCACGUCGCGCUCGCCUGCCCCUGGGCCGCGGGCGCGCUGUCGACGCUCUAUCUCAAGGGCCUCGAGGACGUCAUCGCCGUGUCCGUCGUGCACCCCACCUGGCAGAAGACGCGCGACGACGCCGACGACGCGCACUGCGGCUGGGUCUACCGGUCGCCGGGCGACGCGCCGCUGGCGAACCCGCUCGGCCACGGCUCCUUCGACUGCGACGACGCCCUGGCGCCGGACCCGUCGGGCGCGUCGUCGAUCCGCGACGUCUACGCGAGCUGCGGCGACCUCGACGGCCCCUUCACGACGCCGCUGCUCUUCGACACGAAGACGAACGACAUCGUCUCCAACGAGUCGCUCGACAUCCUCCGCAUCCUCAACGGCCAGUUCGACGGUCUCGCGAAGCGUCCGCGCGUGAACCUCUACCCGGAGGCGCUCGAGGAGGAGCUGGCGGCCCUCAACGCCGACGUCGUCUACCCCUGCGUCAACAACGGCGUCUACCGCUGCGGCUUCAGCAAAUCGCAAACCGCCUACGACGCCGCCGCGCGCGACCUCUUCGGCGCGCUGGACGCGCUCGAAACCAAGCUCGGCGAGCGGCGCUUCCUCGGCGGCGACCGGUUCACGUGGCUGGACCUCCGGCUCUACCACACGCUCGUGCGCUUCGACCCGGUCUACAGCGUCUACUUCAAGACGAACGCGCGCCUGCUCAAGGACCACCCGAACCUCUACGCCUUCGUCCGCGACGUCUACGCCCUCGACGCCGUCCGCCGGUCGACGAACAUGAAGCACAUCAAGACGCACUACUUCACGUCGCACGCGCACCUCAACCCCUACGGCAUCAUCCCCGCGUCCGACGGCCCGGACCUCGAGCGCCCCGCGGGCCGCGGCCCGCCCGUCGACCUGGAGAUGGUAAAUUAG